ACACAAACACACGCAUACAUAUGCAACACACAAUAGCAUUAUCAAUCGUUUUCACGUAGCAGAUUUCGGUAAACUAAAUGUCAAACUAUCGUUUUCAUUUUAUGCCGAAUUCGUAUUGCUUGCGUACAACACUUCUUCCUCUCUUACGUUCAAAAACAUUGUGCCCACUGUGUGUUUGCUGAUUAGACAAUUGAAUUUUUCCAAUUCCAAAAAGUGACUACGUCUAUGGCUCGGAAUCGUAAAAAUGCCGGCAACAACAGCAAUUCAAAUUCGACGGGGAAUUUGAAUAAGAGCAGUAGUAGCACAGGCAGCUCUGGAUCUCCAUCGUCAGUUGGUCACGGCAAUAGUCAUCCGAAAUCAACUAACAAAUCGAAAAGCCAUUUCAUUGUAAUGACAAAAUGGCGAUGGCUUUUCGGAUUUGGUUGCCUACUUAUCCCGGCCUAUUUUGGCUAUCUAGGAUAUUUGGAAACACGGGUUAACACACCAUUUGAUGCAAAGAAAAUGGUACAACACACUCCGCAUGAGUUUACGGAACGUUUUUGGGGCUCAUAUCGGCCGGGCACUUACUUUGGAUUGAAAACUCGCGAUCCAGACUCACUUGUUAUGGGAUUAAUGUGGUUUUCUCCGUUGCGGCUUGGAUCGCGUGGCGAAGGCAUUCGACACUGGUGUGAAAGCGGCGAUAAUCUCGACAAAUAUGGUUGGUUGCAGCACGAUGGCCGUACAUUUGGUUACCAGGAAAUCGACGAUUUUCCAUUCACGUUGGAAACGUCGUUCGUGAAAUUCCCUCGUGGAACAAAAGGUGGCGAUUGGACGGCUCGCAUUUCAGUGAAAAACAAUUUUCCCAACAGUGCCGAGCCAAUUUCAUUGAUAUGGUAUGUGGCGCUCGACAAGAAAACGGUUGGAUCAUUGACCACAUCAUCGAGUGUAUCGUCAGCAUUGCCAUUGGUACGCGGUGAAACAUCGACUCUGGGUGAUUUCAUAUUGAAUUUCGAGCCAGUCAACGGCACUAUCAAACAUCAUUCAUACUUGGCCACCGUUGUACCGAGCUUGCGUUAUUUGCGAGAAACCCUAUCAUCCGUGAUAUACUUUGCCAAAGAUAAGGCUUCAAAGGAGAAAAUCUUAGUUUUGCCGGGUGAAUUGCUGCGUAAUAACCAAGGUGAAAUGUUUGAUGCCAAUUUCAUUGCUGUCAUGAUAACAGUAGAGGCUCCAUUCACAUUGGAUAUUGCCUAUCGUUCGUUGAGCGAUUUAAAAUCAAGCGGAAGUGAAUUGCCUGCAAAUGCACCGGUCGGUGAAUUGUACACGAACGCCUUGCGUGCAAAACAAAUCGAAUUCCAUGAUCGAUUCGAGAAGACAUUUCGGCUGAAGGAAAAGGGUUACACGCAAAGCGAAAUUCAAUUUGCCGAGGCGGCCAUGAGUAAUAUGGUUGGUGGCAUUGGUUAUUUCUAUGGUUCGUCUCAAGUGCAGAGUGAACGAACGGCGAUGCCAGUGCCAUAUUGGAAGGCGCCUUUGUAUACAGCCGUUCCAUCGCGUAGUUUCUUCCCGCGUGGUUUUCUCUGGGACGAAGGCUUUCACGAGCUAUUGAUCAGCACAUGGGAUGUUGAUAUUGCAUUGGAUAUCAUGUGCCAUUGGUUUGAUUUAAUGAAUGUCGAGGGUUGGAUUCCAAGAGAACAAAUCCUCGGCGAAGAAGCGCUGGCCAAAGUGCCCGAUGAGUUUGUCACUCAACGCAAUACCAAUGCAAACCCGCCGACAUUCUUCCUCACAUUGAAGCUAAUCAUCACGAAAUACGCUCAUUUACUUACGGCAAACAAUCGAUUGGAGACACUGGAACGUUUGUAUCCACGCUUACAGGUUUGGAUUAGUUGGUACAAUACAACACAAAUUGGCAAUGUGUUCGGUACUUAUCGUUGGCGUGGCCGUGAAACGUUCAAAGACAAUGAGCUCAAUCCAAAAACGUUAGCAUCCGGUUUUGACGACUAUCCACGUGCAUCGCAUCCCGAUGAAAUGGAACGGCAUGUCGAUUUGCGUUGUUGGAUCACCUUUGCAACGGGUGUCAUGGCCGAAUUGGCACAUUUACUGGGCAGAGAUGAUUCAAAAUAUCUUGAAACCCAUUUCUAUCUCUCGGACAAUGCGCUAUUGAACAAAUUUCACUUGUCGCCGCAUACAAAAACCUAUUCAGAUUGGGGAUUCCAUACGGAUGCCGUGGCACUGAAAGCCAUACGACAAAAUCCACAUCAUCAACAUCCACAGCAAACACUACAGAAAAUUCGUGUGCAUCGAACACCGCCCGAGUACAAAUACGUUGACACAUCGUUCGGCUAUGUCAGCCUGUUUCCAUUCCUGAUGGAAAUUUUAACGCCCGAUUCACCGUACUUGGAGAAAAUCCUUCAUAAUAUUCACGAUCCCGAAGUGUUAUGGACAAAUUAUGGGCUGCGUUCGUUGUCGAAACAAUCACCAAUGUACAUGAAACGAAAUACUGACGAUGAUCCACCGUAUUGGCGCGGUCAAAUUUGGAUUAACAUCAACUAUUUAGCGCUAAAAGCGUUGCAUCAUUAUGCAACACAGCCGGGCCCAUACAGUGAAGAUGCGAAACGUAUUUACACCGAUUUACGGCACAAUGUGGUGCGAAAUGUUAUCGAUCAGUACAAACGUUCAGGGUACAUUUGGGAACAGUAUAACGAUUCAACGGGCGAAGGUUCAGGCUGUAAACCAUUCACCGGAUGGUCGGCACUAGUUGUUCUCAUCAUGGCCGAGCAAUAUUGAAAAAAAAAAAUUGAAUGAACAAAAGAGAUAAUUAACUAAUUUAAUGAACAAGCACCUCAAUAGCAAUCUUCUAAAAUAGUAGAGACAUGAUCAUCAUCAGUACAGUUCCUUUCAUCCUAAUACGUAAUUUGUAGAUUGUUUUCGAAUGAAUGACGGAUUUUUAUUGAGAAACACAGUUAAUGAUUUACUUUUCAUUGAUAACUUGUUCCUUUUUUUUCCCUGAGAAACUGAAAUGACUGCCCGAAACGACUUUAGCUGAGAAUCGAUAUCAAAGAGAGAGCGAGAGAGAGAGAGAGAGAGAGAGGGAGAGAGAGAAAAAAAUCUUCUUUCUAUUGCAUGAUUCAAUUUUUAACUGAAGAAGAAUAUGUUGUGAUUUUAAUUAAAAUAUUGUAAAUAGAUUAGAUCGAAUUGAAAUCAAAUUAUUGAAACUAGAUUAAACAAGUUAGGCAACGAGAAAUACUAUCGAGAAAUCAAGAAAAAAAAAACCAAAAAAAUAAAAUAAAAUAAAAUUCCUUCUUUGAAA